UCUCCUAUCAAUCUUUGAUGCGAUGCGAUCGAAUUUUUUUCGUGGCUAAAUUCUGUCUCUCGAUCAAGGCGUCGUAAGAUUUUCCCAAUUUCUAAUUUCGCCCCCGAGAUUGAUUUGGUAUUUACAUGUUUUAGCUCUCUACAAUUUCGGAACAAUAAUUCUGCUACUCAUUGCGCCAUCAUCCGGUGAUCGACGAAAUCACUUGCGAACUACGACGUCGUUUGAUGCAUUAAUAGCAGGCCAGACUGCAGAUUGAGUUUUCGUUAAUGCUUUAGAGUUAGUAAUCGGCUUUCGGUUGCUAUAUUGAUUGAGGACCUUUUUUUUUUGCAAUUUGUUCCCACCCAAAGCGGUGGGCGAUGUCUAACCUGCAGAAAAAGUGACGGAUGAGAGAUUGGGUUUUGAUGGUUAGGGUUUUUGGAUUGAUGCUUCGAAAUUAAAGGAUCCAAUUUCUUCCUAAUUGGAUAUUUUUUAAGAAGCGUGAAACAAUUUUGAAGCGCUGGGUGCGAAUCAGUCGCGGCCGAGACCGCCGUCCGCGGCCGGUGGUUCACCGCUAUGGUUCUUCCUUCGGCCUAGACCACCUCAGCCCUACUCUCUCCGAUACCUUCCUCAAAUGGACUUCGUCAGCCGCCAUGCUGCUCCUUCCUCCUCCAGCGACAACCACGACCAGCAACAAUCGCGCCAGCCGCCGACAGAAUCCGCUACCUCCACCUCCUCCUCCGCCGUUGCUGCACCUGCUUCUAAUGCUCCCGAAGAACCGGAGUAUUUGGCGCGCUACAUGGUCGUCAAACACUCUUGGCGCGGGCGAUACAAGAGAAUUUUAUGCAUUUCGAAUUGUACUAUAGUCACGCUGGAUCCUGGGACGUUAGCUGUGACCAACUCGUACGAUGUUGGGAGCGAUUUUGAAGGGGCGUCCCCCAUUAUUGGGAGGGACGAGAAUUCGAAUGAGUUUAAUAUAAGCGUGAGGACCGACGGGAAGGGCAAGUUCAAGGCUAUUAAGUUUUCGUGCAAGUACAGAGCGAGUAUAUUGACUGAAUUGCAUAGAAUAAGGUGGAACAGGCUUGGAUCAGUAGCCGAGUUCCCAGUGUUGCAUCUUCGGAGAAGGACAGCUGAAUGGGUUCCUUUCAAACUAAAAGUUACUUAUGCUGGAGUUGAACUUAUUGACUCAAGAUCUGGGGAUCUUCGUUGGUGCUUGGACUUCAGAGAUAUGAGUUCUCCUGCAAUUAUCCUUCUGUCCGAUGCUUAUGGGAAGAGAAACAUCGAUCAGGGGAGCUUUAUUCUCUGUCCUCUUUAUGGAAGAAAAUCAAAGGCUUUCCAGGCUGCUUCGGGAACUUCGAGUGCUGCCAUAAUAUCAAUUGUGACUAAAACUGCUAAAUCGAUGGUUGGAUUAUCGUUAUCGGUUGACAGUAGUCAGUCCCUUACCAUCACUGAGUAUAUAAAGCAAAGGGCCAAGGAGGCUGUUGGGGCAGAAGAAACCCCUUGUGGUGGUUGGUCUGUUACGAGGUUGCGGUCUGCUGCUCAUGGAACACUAAAUUCUCCUGGAUUGAGUUUGGGAAUUGGCCCAAAAGGUGGCCUUGGGGAGAAUGGUGAUGCUGUAUCACGUCAACUUAUUCUCACAAAGGUCUCACUUGUUGAAAGGCGUCCAGAGAACUAUGAGGCUGUUAUUGUUCGUCCCUUAUCUGCUGUUAGUGCUCUUGUUCGAUUUGCUGAGGAGCCUCAGAUGUUUGCGAUUGAAUUUAAUGACGGGUGCCCAAUUCAUGUUUAUGCCAGCACGUCUCGCGACAGCUUGCUAGCCGCUGUUAAAGAUGUAUUGCAAACAGAAGGUCAGUGUCCAGUCCCUGUAUUACCAAGGCUCACAAUGCCUGGUCAUCGGAUUGAUCCACCUUGCGGUAGAGUACAUCUACAAAUUCAGCAACCUCCUUCUGCACAACAGCGUUCUGUUGCAGACAUGGAAAAUGCAGCCAUGCAUUUGAAGCACUUGGCAGCUGCUGCAAAAGAUGCUGUGGCUGAAGGAGGCUCAAUUCCUGGAUCAAGAGCUAAACUGUGGCGCAGAAUAAGAGAAUUUAAUGCAUGUAUCCCAUAUAGUGGAGUUCCUCCCAAUGUUGAAGUACCUGAGGUGACUCUGAUGGCCUUGAUCACAAUGCUCCCAGCUGCUCCCAAUCUUCCUCCAGAGGCACCUCCUUUGCCACCUCCUUCUCCUAAAGCUGCUGCUACAGUUAUGGGUUUCAUUGCAUGUUUACGCAGGUUGCUUGCUUCAAGAAGUGCUGCCUCACAUGUGAUGGCUUUUCCUGCUGCUGUUGGGAGAGUCAUGGGAUUGCUUAGAAAUGGUUCUGAGGGGGUAGCUGCUGAAACUGCGGGUCUUAUUGCUGCACUUGUUGGGGGUGGUCCUGGGGAUACAAGUGUAUUAACAGAUACAAAAGGAGAACGACAUGCAACGUAUAUGCAUACAAAAUCUGUAUUAUUUGCUAACCAGAAUAGUCUAAUAAUAUUAGUCAACAGGUUGGAACCUAUGUCUGCAUCACCAUUGUUGUCAAUGUCUGUUGUUGAGGUUCUUGAGGCAAUGAUCUGUGACCCAAGUGCUGAAACAACCCAAUAUGCAGUUUUUGUAGAUUUAUUACGUCUGGUUGCGGGUUUGAGACGCCGCUUGUUUGCAUUGUUUGGACACCCUGCAGAAAGUGUACGGGAAACAGUGGCUGUCAUUAUGCGUACAAUUGCUGAAGAAGAUGCUGUUGCGGCUGAAUCCAUGCGUGAUGCUGCUUUACGUGAUGGUGCAUUACUUCGGCAUUUGCUACAUGGAUUUUACCUUCCUGCUGGUGAGCGCCGUGAGAUUAGUCGGCAACUUGUUGCUCUUUGGGCAGAUUCUUAUCAGCCAGCUCUUGAUUUGUUAUCUAGAGUUCUACCUCCAGGCCUUGUUGCUUAUCUGCAUACACGUUCUGAUGGAGUUUCAGCAGAGGAUGUAUCCAAUCAAGAGGGAUCUUCACUGAGCAGGAGACAGAGGCGCUUACUCCAGCAGAGGAAGAAUCGUCCUGUAAGAGGGAUAACAUCCCAGCAACAUUUAUCUCCUAAUAUGAACAACUUAGAGGCUGUUGAUCAGACCAGGCAGCCAAAUUCUGGAGCAACAGAUAGUUAUAAAAAAUCUGCCACAGAUCUGAGGUCUGGACAUGCACCAAACAUUCCAUCUCCUGCAGUUCAUGGAGGUGAGAACCUUCCAAGUGAGUUGUCAAGUACAGGGAUCAUGCAAAGUAACCAUUCAGCCACCGUUGAUUCUUCAGAUGUUCCUUCAAUAAAUCAACAAGAACCCGUUGACUCCAAUGCUAGCAGUUCAGUUGAUUCUGAUGCCAAUAUAGUUAGUAACCAGAAUGGGGGGCUGCCUGCACCUGCUCAGGUAGUUGUCGAGGAUGCUACUGUGGGUUGUGGAAGGUUAUUAUUGAACUGGCCUGAGUUUUGGCGAGCUUUCAGCCUUGAUCACAACCGAGCUGAUUUGAUAUGGAAUGAGCGCACCAGGCAGGAGUUGCGAGAGGCUUUGCAGGCUGAGGUUCAUCGACUUGAUGUUGAGAAAGAACGUACAGAAGAUAUUGUUCCCGGAGGCGGAACUACAGACAUUAUCACCGGUCAAGUUAGUGUAUCUCAGAUUUCAUGGAACUACACAGAGUUUUUUGUUAUGUAUCCUAGCUUAUCAAAAGAAGUUUGUGUGGGUCAGUAUUACCUUCGUCUGCUGCUUGAGAGUGGCACCAGCGGGAGAGCACAGGAUUUUCCGCUGCGUGAUCCUGUUGCUUUCUUUAGAGCCCUCUAUCAUCGAUUUUUAUGUGAUGCAGAUACGGGGCUAACUGUAGAUGGUGCUGUUCCUGAUGAACUGGGCUCUUCUGAUGAUUGGUGUGAUAUGGGAAGAUUGGAUGGUUUUGGAGGCGGUGGUGGUUCCUCAGUUAGGGAACUGUGUGCUAGGGCAAUGGCAAUUGUGUAUGAGCAACAUUACAACACUGUGGGCCCAUUUGCGGGCACUGCACAUAUCACUGUUCUGUUGGAUAGGACUGAUGAUAGAGCUUUAAGACACCGUCUUCUUCUUCUGUUGAAGGUGUUGAUGAAGGUUUUGUCAAAUAUUGAGGCUUGUGUUUUGGUUGGAGGCUGUGUCCUUGCUGUUGAUUUACUGACAGCAGUUCAUGAAGCUUCAGAAAGAACUGCUAUACCUUUACAGUCCAACUUGAUUGCUGCUACUGCUUUUAUGGAGCCCUUGAAAGAGUGGUUGUUUAUUGACAAGGAUGGUUCUCAAAUUGGACCAGUUGAGAAAGAUGCUGUCAGAAGAUUCUGGUCAAAAAAGGAAAUAAACUGGACUACAAGGUGUUGGGCAUCUGGGAUGCCUGACUGGAAGAGAUUAAGGGAUAUUCGAGAACUCAGAUGGACACUGGCACUUCGAGUUCCCGUACUCACUCCAAUCCAGGUUGGAGAUUCUGCAUUGUCUAUUUUGCACAGCAUGGUAGCUGCUCAUUCAGAUAUUGAUGAUGCUGGAGAAAUAGUUACACCAACACCUAGAGUAAAACGGAUCUUGUCGAGUCCAAGAUGUCUACCGCAUAUUGCACAGGCUAUACUUUCUGGGGAGCCAACCAUUGUAGAGGGAUCUGCAGCUUUGCUGAAGGCUGUUGUUACCAGGAAUCCUAAAGCAAUGAUUAGAUUAUACAGCACCGGAGCGUUCUACUUUGCGCUGGCAUACCCUGGAUCAAAUCUCCUUUCAAUUGCAGAGCUCUUCUCAGUAACACAUGUGCAUCAAGCUUUUCAUGGUGGUGAAGAUGCUGCAGUGUCCUCUUCUUUGCCUUUGGCAAAACGCAGUGUUUUAGGUGGGCUUUUACCUGAGUCCUUGCUGUAUGUACUGGAACGAAGUGGUCCAGCUGCAUUUGCCGCAGCCAUGGUUUCUGAUUCUGACACUCCUGAGAUCAUAUGGACACACAAGAUGCGAGCUGAAAAUCUCAUUCGCCAGGUACUGCAGCAUCUUGGAGACUUCCCUCAGAAGUUGUCCCAGCAUUGCCAUUCUUUAUAUGAUUAUGCUCCUAUGCCUCCAGUUACAUAUCCGGAGCUGAAAGAUGAAAUGUGGUGUCAUCGAUAUUACCUUCGAAACUUGUGUGAUGAGAUCAGGUUUCCAAAUUGGCCCAUUGUUGAACACGUUGAGUUUUUGCAGUCUUUGUUGGUAAUGUGGCGAGAAGAGUUGACAAGGAGACCAAUGGAUCUUUCUGAAGAAGAAGCUUGCAAAAUAUUAGAGAUUUCUUUGGAGGAUGUCUCUAGAGAUGACGCCCCUAGAAAACAAAGUUUGGAGACAGCUGAUGAGAUUCCCAACUUAUCAAAGCAGAUUGAAAACAUAGAUGAAGAAAAGCUCAAGCGACAGUAUAGGAAACUGGCAAUGAAAUAUCAUCCAGACAAAAAUCCUGAAGGGCGAGAGAAGUUUCUUGCCGUGCAGAAAGCCUAUGAACGGCUGCAGGCCACAAUGCAAGGGCUGCAAGGUCCUCAAACAUGGAGAUUGCUGCUAUUACUGAAGGGACAGUGCAUCCUAUAUCGACGCUAUGGUGAUGUGCUGGAGCCAUUUAAAUAUGCUGGAUACCCCAUGUUGUUAAAUGCAGUGACAGUGGACCAGGGUGAUAGCAAUUUUCUUUCCUCUGAUAGAGCCCCUCUCCUUGUUGCAGCGUCUGAGCUUGUUUGGCUUACGUGUGCAUCUUCAUCACUGAAUGGUGAGGAGCUUGUGAGGGAUGGUGGAGUACAACUCAUUGCAACUCUUCUUUCCCGUUGCAUGUGUGUGGUUCAACCAACCACUACUGCAAGUGAACCCUCUACUGUUAUUGUUACUAAUGUUAUGCGGACUUUUUCCAUUCUGAGUCAAUUCGAGAGUGCUAGAGUUGAGAUACUUGGAAUUUCUGGACUAGUUGAGGAUAUUGUCCAUUGUACAGAACUUGAGCUUGUAUCUCCUGCUGUUGAUGCUGCCCUUCAGACCAUUGCACAUCUUUGUGUGUCAUCUGUAUUGCAAGAUGCCUUAUUGAGGGCUGGAGUGCUAUGGUACCUGUUGCCUUUAUUACUUCAAUACGAUUCAACUGCUGAGGAGUCGGAUAAGGCGGAAACUCAUGGUGUUGGUGGAAGUGUUCAAAUAGCAAAAAAUAUCCAUGCUGUACGAGCGGCUCAGGCCUUGUCAAGGCUUAGUGGUCAGGCUAUGGAUGAUAAUGGAACACCUUAUAAUCAGGCUGCAUCCAAUGCUGUCAAAGCCUUGCUAACCCCUAAACUUGCAAGCAUGCUGAAGGAUCAAUUAGCAAAGGAGUUGUUGUCAAAAUUAAACUCAAAUUUGGAAUCCCCAGAGAUAAUUUGGAACUCCUCAACCCGCACAGAACUAUUAAAGUUUGUAGACCAACAGCUAGAAAGCCAGGGUCCUGAUGGUUCAUAUGAUCUGAAGGAUUCUCAUUCCUUCAUGUAUGAAGCCUUAUCAAAAGAACUUUUUGUUGGCAAUGUAUACCUGAGAGUCUAUAAUGAUCAACCAGACUUUGAAAUCAGCGAACCGGAGAAUUUCUGCAUUGCUCUUGUUGACUUCAUUUCCCAUUUACUGCAUGAUCGAUCAAACACUGGUUCAGAUUUUCAUGUUAGUGGCUCAUCUAUUGAGAGAUCUGAGCUUCAACAUGAUUCUAUCAAUGGAUCAUUCACUGAGCAGUGCUCUUCGGAUGAUUCAUCAGCACACCCUGAUGGAAAUUUGGUUAGCAAGGAGGAAGAAUUGAUGAAGAACCUUCAAUUUGGUCUGACCUCUCUUCAGCACUUGCUGACGAGCAAUCCAAAUUUGGCGUCGGUGUUUUCUUCCAAAGAGAAGUUGUUUCCUCUUUUUGAAUGCUUUUCUGGUCCUGUUGCUUCUGCCUGCAACAUUCCUCAACUUUGUUUAAGUGUACUCUCCCGCCUGACUACACAUGCUCCCUGCUUGGAAGCGAUGGUUGCAGAUGGUUCUAGUCUUCUCCUCCUCUUACAAAUGCUUCACUCAUCCCCUAGCUGCCGUGAAGGAACUCUUCAUGUUCUUUAUGCUUUGGCAAGCACUCCAGAGCUCGCAUGGGCAGCUGCAAAGCAUGGAGGAGUUGUCUACAUUCUUGAACUUCUCUUGCCUUUACAAGAAGAAAUUCCUAUGCAGCAAAGAGCAGCAGCUGCUUCACUGUUGGGGAAGCUUGUUGGGCAGCCAAUGCAUGGUCCCAGAGUGGCUAUAACACUUGCUCGAUUUUUACCAGAUGGGUUGGUAUCCAUUAUUAGGGAUGGCCCUGGUGAAGCAGUUGUGAGUGCUCUUGAUCAAACAACAGAGACUCCAGAACUUGUAUGGACUCCAGCAAUGGCUGCUUCUUUGUCAGCUCAACUAGCAACCAUGGCAUCAGAUCUAUAUCGGGAACAGAUGAAAGGACGUGUUGUUGAUUGGGAUGUGCCUGAGCCAGCUUCUAGCCAACAGGAGAUGAGAGAUGAACCUCAGGUUGGAGGGAUCUAUGUCAGGUUAUUCUUGAAAGAUCCAAAGUUUCCUCUUAGAAACCCCAAGAGAUUUUUGGAAGGGCUAUUGGAUCAGUAUCUUUCAUCCAUUGGUGCUACACAUUAUGAUGACUGUGCUGUUGAUCCUGAACUCCCUCUGCUUCUGUCUGCUGCAUUAGUCUCUUUGUUACGGGUACACCCUGCUCUUGCGGAUCACGUUGGGUAUCUUGGAUAUGUUCCCAAACUUGUUUCUGCAGUGGCCUACGAAGGAAGAAGGGAAACAAUGGCUUCCCCAGAGAACAGAAAUGACAACUACUCAGGGGAGAGAAGUGAAGCUGAGGAUAGUUCAAUGCAGCCAACUUCACCAACACCUAAAGAACGCGUUCGUCUUAGUUGUUUACGAGUUUUACAUCAGCUUGCAGCAAGUACUAUAUGCGCCGAAGCUAUGGCAGCAACCAGUGUAGGAACACCCCAGGUUGUUCCACUUCUGAUGAAAGCUAUCGGAUGGCAAGGUGGAAGCAUAUUGGCUCUGGAAACACUCAAACGUGUUGUGGUUGCUGGAAAUCGAGCAAGAGAUGCAUUGGUUGCACAGGGUCUUAAGGUUGGUCUUGUUGAGGUACUGCUAGGUCUUCUUGAUUGGAGGGCUGGGGGAAGAAAUGGUCUUUGUUCCCAGAUGAAGUGGAAUGAAUCAGAAGCAUCCAUUGGAAGAGUGCUUGCUAUUGAGGUUCUGCAUGCCUUUGCAGCGGAAGGUGCCCACUGUACGAAAGUCCGGGAGAUACUUAAUGCCUCCAAUGUUUGGGAUGCUUAUAAGGACCAAAGGCAUGAUCUUUUCCUCCCAUCAAAUGCCCAAUCUGCAGCUGCUGGAGUUGCUGGAUUAAUAGAAAAUUCCUCAUCUCGGCUUACUUAUGCACUCACAGCACCCCCAUCACAACCUAGUCAAGUUAAACAGCCUGCUGCUAUUGUAGCUGAUUCCAACGGGACAGAGGAUCACAUUUCAUAGGUUCGAAGGGAAGAGCGUACUUAAAUGGCUCGAAAGACCGCCAGUUGGAAACAGGACGAUUGCACAAAAGAGAGUUGAUCUGGCUAUUGAGUUCCUAAUUCUACCCUCAUUUGUAUAGAAUAUUGUACAUUCUGCUGUUGUUCCUUUCUUUCUCCUAGUGUCAUGCGGGCUUCGACUGCAGGUGCAUCCAAAAGAAAUUAUAAAGGCAAAAUAGCAGGUACAUGUUUUCAUGAUGUAAAGGCUGCUGCUCAUUUUUAUUCUCUUUGUAAAGAAUUCUAGAUUGCUACCAUCCAGAGAGAGGGAGGUGAUUUUUGCUAGUAUCCUUCUUUCCAACCGGUUGUACCACUUUUUAGUUUGAGGAAAGAUAAGGUGAUGUCGGUCAUUAUUGUUUUGUUCAGUUCAUUGUAAAUUAUUACUGAGUUCCUUGGUAGUAAAGAUCCCUCCUCUUCUCGCAAGAAACGAGACUGGGGAAGAGAAUGUAUUA